CUAUGCGUAUUGAUCCAUGUCAUGGUGAAUUCCUCAACCAAAGGGUCAAUCUAGGUAGUUAACUCACGCCAAACCAUACUGUUUGUGCUGCCUGAAUCGGUUCCAUGGCAAUUAUUUCCGUUUGAUAUUGGUAAUGCGAGUGAAAUGAAAAAGAAAUGAAGAUGAAAAGCCCCUAUGGACCAACUACACUUUAUAUGUUAGCCAAGAUCAGUCACUAUGACCUCGCAGAUGAUGGGGUUCUCACUCGCGUACUAAGUAUUCCGUAUACUACAGUGAUCUUUCCCCCGAGAGUUGAUCUGCUAAGACCAGUUCUCCGUUUGCAGCCGAUCCGCCACCGGAGUUGUGGAAUCCAUACAAGAGUGGCGUGUUCGGACAUAAGCCCAUUCCCGGGCCGUGCGACUACCGUAGACUCACUUUUUUCCGAAGCGUCCAAUUCUCCGUCUGUUUUCUCUGCUCUUCGCCGAUACGGGACUCGGUAUCCUACAAGUAUGAACCAGCAAGGAGAAUGUAGUACACCCAUACGGAGUGAUGCUCACACACUACAUCAACAAUCGGCGUCAGGAAAACCAGGUCCCACGCGUCGAGCGCGGAAGCCACGGAAGUGUCUUAGUUGCGAGCCCUGCAGGCAUUCCAAGUUACGAUGUGACCGCCAGCGUCCCUGCGGUGCCUGUCAGCGACGGGAUUGUGUUUCGGCUUGCUCUUUUCAUCGCUUCAAUGGCCCCCUAACUCCGGGCGUUGAGCGAACUUCACGUUCGCCGAACCAGCUGCAGCCGACCUUGCAGCCGGCCGGCGGACUGAUCACCCCACAUUUGGUUCCGUCGGUUCAGAACAUCAACGAAGAUCCUGUGGCACCUCAAGGAUCGCUGUCUGGAACCCAAGACUCGCCUUCUGGUCAUGCCCGAUGGGACGCGGUCUUGCGACGUCCUACCGUUGACCGUAAUGAAACUUCAUCUGCACUGGAGAGUCUAUUCGUGCCUUCCUCGGUCCCACCUGUGAUUUCCAAAGAAAUAUUAUUACAACAGUUACCGUCCGACAGCUUUUGUGAAUACUUAAUUUCGGAAUACUUCACGCAUCUUUCUCCGCUGUUUCAUAUUCUACACGGACCCACAACGGGCGAGUAGCCGACGAUCGGAUCAUCAAAAAAUCAGCACCCACAAAAAACAC